AGUCGAGUCCACAUGGGCGGCCAAAGCGUUUGUGUCCCACCUUUGUCCCCUUGCCUCACUCUUGCCUUUCUUCCUCCCGACAACUUCUCUCUCUCUUCCUUUAACCCUAACUUCUAUGCAAUUCUCUUCCCUCAUCUAUAUAAUCUAUCUUCCCUUUUCUUUAAACCCAUCAAACCAUACUCACCAACAAGACACAAGAACAAGAACAAGAGAAGGAUUCUGCUCAAUGAGCUUAACCUUAAGGACACAGAGCUUCGUCUUGGAUUACCAGGAACAGAGGAAAAUACACAAGAAGAAGAGGUUUCUUGCGUUAGAAGCAACAAGCGUCAAUUACAAACCGAGGAAAACCGUGAAGAAGAAGAAUCUACACCUCCAACAAAUUCACGAUCGGUGAAUACUGCGAAAGAGAAGGGUACAAAGGAUCUGGAGUUGUACCAACGUACGAGGAUAAAGAUGGAGAUUGGAUGUUGGUUGGUGAUGUUCCAUGGGAUAUGUUCUCUUCCUCUUAUUUGA